GGAGGGGAAAACAGGCACCCAGCAGACGCAGUUGAGUGACGAAAACAAAUAAAGAAGCUUGUUCACAAUCAUCAUGAUCGACUUUUGAUGUAAUUUACGGGCCCUUUUAUCUCCAACUUCGAUUUGAAUUUAGGAAUAAUCAGGAAGAAAGUGACGCUUUGUUUCAUAGAGAUCCCAAAGGAAAUGUAUUGACGGACGUAUAUUGUUUAUUUGUCUGGCGCUUCUUUGAAUUUGGAAGUUCUUUUCGAGAAGGAUGGUUGAAAAUUCCCCUGUGGUUGUAACUUGGCGAAAUAGUAAACCACCUGAGCGAAUUCGCAGUCACUCCAGAACAUUCAGAAACCCACCACAACCACACAUGUGUAUUCAAGAUUUUUUAGAGGGAUCUCAAGAACCCUGUUAUAUUAAUGUGUUAUCAUGGGAGAAAAUAGCCUUGCCAUCUACUCCAGAAGAUUAUAUUCCUCUGUAUGGUGGAAUGCAAGUACCACAUUCACCACCAAGCCAUUCCCCUGUGUUUGCUGUUAUGGCUCACCCCGAAGUCUUGCGAACUAAAGGCAAGCAUGCAGCGGAUCCUCAGGAAACUCACGCUCUUGUUCUCAUGUUACUUGACUUUGUGGAGCUUAUGAACCGUAAUCGUGGGUUGCAUUUUGCUCGACAUUUCCGUAUAUUACCAGACAGAGAUUUAGCUGGUGAGCUGAAAAAUGUCUGGGCAGCCGUACAGAUGAAGAGAGCCCAAGACACUGCUGCAAGAACAUCAAUGCAACACAUCGCAACUCAAGAGCAGCAGAGACAGCAGCAGCUAAUGCAUCAGGAGGAACAGAUCCAAAGGUACCGGAGGCAACAACAGCAGCUUUACAAAGAAAGACAAGCUUUGGCUCAGCGAGAACAACGUUAUCGUCAGCAGCAACAGCAACAGGAGGAUUUACAAAGGAGAAUGGACGAGUUUGAAAUGGAAAAAUAUUUAGAACAGAGGCACCAUCAUAGACUUUUGCAUGAGCAGCAAAGAGAUCAAAAACGCUAUGAUCGUAUGAUAAUGAAGUCUCUAGAAGACCCCCAAACUGGCGAGUCAUCAAAACAGAGAUAUUCUUCAUCUGAGGAUACCUCAGCUGCUCUAGACUUCAGUUUAAAACGUCAGUCUUCUGAAAGUCCUUGCAUUUCCAGUGUUUGUUCUACUGACAAAGUUCAUGGUUCAGAGCUUGCAUUGGAAGAAAACAAAUUGGACCCUUCAUCGUCCGCUUCCAGCCCAGUUACACCAUCUUCUUCUCUCCUUAAUUUGGUAGAAAGCAACACUUUGAAGUACAGAGAGCAAGAAUACUUGUCAACAUCCGCCAGUGAAUCAGACUAUACGUCGGAUGAUGGAGACUCGACUGAUGUUGAUUCCGAGCUAGAUGGUGAGAAUGAAAAUGGAGAAGGAAAAAGACACUUUCUGGCUCGUGUGACUGUGACUGUUGAUUCAUCAGAUGAAAACAAUAAACAGGCUAAAGGGGGUCCUGAUGGAGAUGCCAAGACACUGACUCAUUAAACCAUACCUUCCCAAAAACUUAUCAGUUUUAUGAUUAAAUGCUCAUUGUAUCCGGGAUUAGCAGUUUUCUCACUGUAUUUAUAAGUUAGUAUCUAUUUAUUGUGUAUCGUUAACAGCAAUGAAGCAAAUUUUAUGUAGCUUAUGUUUUUGUUUUGUUUGAUUCCUUUUCUUUGUUUUUAGUCUACAAGCCAAAUUUUAUAAUUUGUGAUCUAUAUUGAAUCAACUCUUAUUCUGGGUCAUUACCUUUGGUAUUGAGUUUUAUUGUGCAAUUUAGAUGAAAGGUGAUGUUCAAAUUUUGAUGGAUGUUGCAUCUUGCACUGAGCAGAGUUGGUUUGUUUUGUUUCUCAUCAUUUUUAUGGAAAUUUUAUGUUAUUCAUUUAAACCUUUAAAAAUGUUUUUACUGUCGUACACAUAAUGUGCCUUUAAUGUACAUGCAUGAUUUGAACAUUAUGACAAAUGUAUUAUUUAUCUCUGAAUCUCACCAUAAAAUAAUUUAGUACUUUGAACAGUGCCCCCACUGUUACCAAUUACCAAUCUGAUUGAUGGUAGAGUAGCAUGGACUUUGGUUCUAUCAAUUGUGUCCAGAUAUAAUAUUACAGUGAGUGGAUAUGUAAAUGGAAAGGUGGUGCAAUCAUAUUGUCUAUUGUCUGACCUCUUCCCUCUCCCUCUUCUCCAUUCCUCCUUUAGUUUGGUUGAUGUUGUUUAAGGCCUUGUUUAUGCUAUCCAAUUUCAUACAUAGCUUACUUCCUGUUUCAAAUCGUAUAAUACCUCAAAUCAAAUCAUGAAUUCCUCUUCUGCUGCAAAAGUAAUUUCAAAACUUAAUUAUUGAAACCGUUCCUUGUUUUGCAAUUUUGUAAUGUUUCUAUUUCUUCAGAGAGAAGAUGCUGUACUUGAUUCAUGCUAGUCAGGAGCUGUACUUACUCCCCCAGUAUUAAACAAAAAGUACACAAAUGUAUUCAAUGGAAUUAGGAGCAGAAUGAGCAUAAAUUGACUUUGUCCAAAAGGGAUGUUUGACAUUUCUGAGCAAGUUCAUUUACUGCGUUAGAUUUUCUUCAUUUUUGUGUAGGUAAGUGGAUUAGAUGUGUCCUUAACCAUGACAGAUAGGUAGGUGCGACUGACUGUGACAGCAGUAUGUUUUAAUUCCAAAUUUGCACAAGACUUGUAUUAUUGUCAAAUUUGUGAUCUCAUGUUACAUGAAAAUCUUUUGCCAUUGACUGCUAUUUGACUAACCCAUAUGAAAUAUACUCUGUGUAAAUGUAGGCUAGAAUAUGAAAUGCUUUUUAUCUACUUGAGAUAUUUCGUUUGGUCAAUGUCUGUUCUGUAAAAUUCAUAGUUUGAUUCAAUAAUCAUUCUUAUUUGUCUAUGCUUACUAUCACACUUACAACUAUUAUGAUUAUAUUUGUGCCAAACUGUCAGUUUAUGAUAGACAAGUGGGGUACAUGCAAAUGCCAUCUUUGAAUUGCUUCAAUGUUUAAUUUUUGUAGAUGAUUGCACUUUUUAUUCUAUCUGUUGUAAAUGUUGAAUUUUUAUUUUAUUCUAUUCAAAAAAUGUUUUUAUGUUUUGUGUUCAAGAACUUGAGGUGGUUCAUAUCGUACUGGAACGUCACCACUUUUUUUCUAUCACAAGCAUAAGUGGCCUGUUGAAGAUUGUGUCUCUGUAUUGUUGUUAUUUUACAUGUAGUAGGACAUUUGCCCUGUCCUAAUUGAAAGAUCAAUGUCACCAUUCAAUUUGGUUCUAGCUUUUUUUAAUAAUUGGGGUGUAGAAACAUUGAUCUGAAACUACUUUAAGUCACCAUCAACAAUAAUAUAUGAAUCAAGUACUGACGUGUUUAAGUAAUCAUUAUAGUGUUGUAGCUUUUACAAUGAUGAUUUCUAAAAGCAAUGCUGUUGCUUUGUGGAUGAGAAGUAUUUUUUAGUUUGAGGAUGUGGUGUUCUGUAUUCCAUUUUGUAGAUGCUAUUACCAGUCUAAUUGUCAAUUACGUUUUUAUUUUCUUUGUGCAAAGUAAUUUCUUGGCAAUGAUCUCUUGUAACUAUCCGGUUACGGCCAUAAGCAGAACUUUCUGAUGUAUAAAGGAUCUUGUAAUUUUCAAAUGUGCCAUCUCAAGAAAGGAAUUAAAACAUUUUUUUAUGUGAUAAAUAGCAAUUU